AUGCUGACCAGGACCCACACUUGCAAUGAGAAUUCCUCUACCUCGGCACCAGCCGCAAAAACAGAGGCAAAAGUAACAGCCAUAGUGACUAAACCAGCAUUUAUUGCUCAUGUCUUGGGGUCAUUCAAGGAUCAGCUGAUUCAUGCUAAGCACAGCAAGGUGGUUGUGUUUCAGUUUGCAGCAGCUGGGACAGCUCUGCUGCUUGCUGCAGAUGAGGAUGCUGAGAUGUUCAGCAGGGAAGUAGCUUGCUCAAAGAGGUCCAGUAAGUGGCAGAGGGUGGCUUCAAAGCUGGGGCUGACUUAUUCCAGUGUUCACAGUACCCUUCGAUCCACACACACCAUUGUCCCUCCAGGUUUGCCCUAUGUUAUCAUCUGUACUAAAUUAGGCAUUUAUAUGGGAGUCCUGGCAGGGCACCAUGCCUCAGUCAGCAGGCACAGCCAAACCGGCAGCCGAACAGAAAGCCCAGGUCCUUCUGCUCAUGGUUCAGAGACAUGUUCUGCCCUCAGAGGGAAGCUCUCUAGUUCAGUGGUGCUCACGGCCCACGGUGUAAAAAUCAGCCAAUUCCUGGCAAGUGCCAGCCUUCAUCUUCUGAAGGUCAAGGUCAAAGUUCAGUUUCUCCUAGAGAAAAUGGGACCUCAUUUUCUCUUUUUUUUUUUCUCUCUUUUGAAAGCUUCCUUCCUACCAGCUACUUUAACUAUGACUGUGGACAGGGGAGAUAAUGUGAACAUAUCUUUCAAAAAGGUGUUGAUUAAAGAAGAAGAUGCAGUGAUUUACAAAAAUGGUUCCUUCAUCCACUCGGUGCCCCGGCACGAAGUACCUGAUAUUUUAGAAGUGCAUCUGCCUCAUGCUCAACCCCAGGAUGCUGGGGUGUACUCGGCCAGGUACAUAGGAGGAAACCUCUUCACCUCUGCCUUCACCAGGCUGAUAGUCCGGAGAUGUGAAACUCAGAAGUGGGGACCUGCAUGUAAUCGUGACUGCACUGUUUGUAUGAACAAUGGUGUCUGCCAUGAAGACACUGGAGAAUGCACCUGCCCUCCUGGGUUUAUGGGGAGAACAUGUGAGAAGGCUUGUGAACUGCACACAUUUGGCAGAACUUGUAAAGAAAGGUGUAGUGGACCAGAGGGAUGCAAGUCCUACGUGUUCUGUCUCCCAGACCCCUAUGGGUGUUCCUGUGCCACAGGCUGGAAGGGCCUGCAGUGCAAUGAAGCAUGCCAGCCUGGUUACUAUGGGCCAGACUGUAAGCUCAUGUGCGGGUGUACCAAUGGGGAGAGGUGUGAUCGGUUCCAAGGAUGCAUCUGCUUUCCAGAAGGGCUCCAGUGUGAGAAAGAAGGCAUGCAAAGAAAGACCCCAAAGAUAGAGGAUUUGCCAGAUUACAUUGAAGUAAACAGUGGUAAAUUUAACCCCAUCUGCAAAGCAUCUGGCUGGCCACUACCUGCUAAUGAGGAAAUGACCCUGGUGAAGCCAGAUGGGACGGUGCUCCAGCCAAAAGACUUUAACCAUACGGGUCACCUCUCAGUGGCCACCUUCACCAUCCACCGGAUCCUCCCCUCUGACUCAGGAGUCUGGGUCUGCAGUGUGAACACAGUGGCUGGAAUGGUGGAAAAGCCUUUCAACAUUUCUGUUAAAGUUCUUCCAAAGCCCCUGAAUGCCCCAAACGUGAUCGACACUGGACAUAACUUUGCUGUCAUCAACAUCAGCUCUGAGCCUUACUUUGGGGAUGGACCAAUCAAAUCCAAGAAGCUUUUAUAUAAACCUGUUAAUCAUUUUGAAGCUUGGCGGCAUAUUCAAGUGACAAAUGAGAUUGUUACACUCAAUUAUUUGGAACCUCGAACAGAAUAUGAGCUCUGCGUGCAGCUGGUCCGGCGUGGAGAGGGCGGGGAAGGGCAUCCUGGACCCGUGAGACGGUUCACGACAGCUUCUAUCGGUCUCCCCCCUCCAAGAGGUCUCAGUCUCCUACCGAAAAGUCAGACCACUCUAAAUUUGACCUGGCAACCAAUAUUUCCAAGCUCAGAAGAUGACUUUUAUGUUGAAGUGGAGAGGAGAUCUGUGCAAAUGAAGAGUGAUCAGCAGAAUAUCAAAGUACCAGGCAACUUGACUUCAGUGCUACUUAACAAUUUGCAUCCCAGGGAGCAGUACUCAGUCCGAGCCAGAGUCAACAGCAAGGCCCAGGGGGAAUGGAGCGAGGCUCUCACCGCGUGGACCCUGAGCGAUGUUCUCCCUCCUCAACCAGAAAACAUCAAGAUUUCUAAUAUCACAGACUCCUCAGCUGUGAUCUCUUGGACAAUCCUGGAUGGCUAUUCUAUUUCUUCUAUUAUCAUCCGUUACAAGGUUCAGAGCAAGAGUCAAGACCAGCACAUUGAUGUGAAGAUCAAGAAUGCCACCAUUACCCAGUACCAGCUUAAGGGCCUAGAGGCUGAAACAGCUUACCAGGUGGACAUUUUUGCCGAGAACAACAUAGGGUCAAGCAACCCAACCUUUUCUCAUGAACUGAUGACUCUCUCUCAAUCCCAAGCACCGGCAGACCUCGGAGGCGGGAAGAUGCUGCUCAUAGCCAUCCUCGGCUCGGCGGGAAUGACCUGCCUGACGGUGCUGUUGGCCUUUCUGAUCAUGUUGCAACUGAAGAGGGCAAAUGUCCAAAGGAGAAUGGCCCAAGCCUUUCAAAACAGGGAAGAACCAGCUGUGCAGUUCAACUCAGGAACUCUGGCCUUGAACAGGAAGGCCAAAAACAACCCGGAUCCCACAAUUUAUCCAGUGCUCGACUGGAAUGACAUCAAAUUUCAAGAUGUGAUUGGGGAGGGUAAUUUUGGCCAGGUUCUUAAGGCACGCAUCAAGAAGGACGGGUUACGGAUGGACGCUGCCAUCAAAAGGAUGAAAGAAUAUGCCUCCAAAGAUGACCACAGGGACUUUGCGGGGGAACUGGAGGUUCUCUGUAAGCUUGGACACCACCCAAACAUCAUCAAUCUCCUGGGAGCAUGUGAACAUCGUGGCUACCUGUACUUGGCCAUCGAGUAUGCCCCCCAUGGAAACCUCUUGGACUUCCUGCGCAAGAGCAGAGUGCUGGAAACCGACCCAGCGUUCGCCAUCGCCAACAGCACCGCCUCCACGCUGUCCUCCCAGCAGCUGCUUCACUUUGCGGCAGAUGUGGCCCGGGGUAUGGACUACUUGAGCCAAAAACAGUUUAUCCACAGGGAUCUAGCUGCCAGGAACAUUUUAGUUGGUGAAAACUAUGUAGCCAAAAUAGCAGAUUUUGGAUUAUCCCGUGGUCAAGAAGUGUAUGUGAAAAAGACGAUGGGAAGACUCCCAGUGCGCUGGAUGGCGAUCGAGUCGCUAAAUUACAGCGUGUAUACAACCAACAGUGAUGUAUGGUCCUAUGGAGUGUUACUUUGGGAGAUCGUUAGCUUAGGUGGCACCCCCUACUGCGGGAUGACAUGUGCAGAACUCUACGAGAAGCUGCCCCAGGGCUACAGACUGGAAAAGCCCCUAAACUGUGAUGACGAGGUGUACGACCUCAUGAGACAGUGCUGGCGGGAGAAGCCUUACGAGAGGCCCUCAUUUACCCAGAUAUUGGUGUCCUUAAACAGGAUGUUGGAAGAACGAAAGACCUAUGUGAACACCACACUUUAUGAGAAGUUCACCUAUGCUGGAAUUGACUGCUCUGCUGAAGAAGCGGCCUAGGACUGCGCACCAUGUGUGUAUUGUUUCCCCUUCAUUGACAGAACACCCUUGGUGCCAGGCCAGCUUCUGCCCAGAGAGGUGACAGAGAAUAUAGAAAUGUAUGUAUAUUGCUGUACGUCUGGACUUUCAGCUCAAAAACCCCUGUGUGUGAAUCUGUAGUACACUCUGACUGUACUGGGACUGUAUAUACUGUUUUGAGUAAGAAUGUGCGGGCGGGAGUCAGAAUGCCUGUUUGUGGUUUCAUAUGCAAUAAUAUAUUUUUCUAAAAAUGUGGAUUUUAUGGGGAGGUAUGAGAGUACAAUUACAUAAUGUGUAACUCAUUAUUGUCCUAUUUUUGAUAUUUACCUUUAUAGUGAGUGCUAUGAAAUGUUUUCCUGUACCUGUAUAGAAGUAAAAUAUUGUUGACUGUUGUAGCUCAGGUGAGAAAAGUAGGGGAAAUGCAUGAGUUCUGUCAGAACAAAGGUUCACACUGAGGAGACAGAUGACUCUCUUCUAUCAUGUGGACGUUUUGGUCUCUGAUUUUCUCCCUUACCUGCAGAAGCCAUUCAGUGUCAUUUAGUUGUUUGGCAACUUUGUCAUGUGUUUCCAAAGCUCACAAGUGAAUCAUCCAGAAAGCUAAAACACCUAAAAACAGACUUAAACCUCAUUCUUUAGAAGCCUAAACAUCUUUCAAGAAGAAUGAGUAAGUUUAAUAGAUAAAUUAAUGUGACUUUCUUUUAGUUUUUCCUGUAAUGUUGAUUUGUGUAUUUUAAGAAAUGGGAAGCCUGGAGUUACAUCUGGGAGUCAUGUGGCAUUUAUUGUACCAAAUUAACAUCCCUCUAUGUAUUGCACAUUGUAAAAAGUUUUAGUUUUGAUAUGUUGUGUUUUUACCAUUUAUGCUGUAGGCUCAUGUUGUACUGAGCUCAUAUAGUAAGUGAAUAAAUGUCCUGCCUACCCACUUUUCAUCCAG